CGAGCUUCGAAAUUCCAUUGCAUGGCCCGUCCCACAUUGUCGCAACUCUAUCACCCAUUCAUCAUGUCGGCGCCCAUCAGAAAUGCGGACGGGACUGCUAACAUGCAAGGAUUGCAAAACGAAGUGACCAAGCUCAAAGGCAAGUAUGCUCAAAACGCAAAGAACUUCGAAGCCAACACUGGCAAGCCGAUGAACAUCUUUGGGACCAGCGAGGAGAAGCCUCAAGCGCACAAUGAGGGGCAGCCCAUCAAGAUCCUGAGCCACGACGAGCGCAAGGCUGCAGCGGCAGGAGAGUCUGGAGGUGACCAGACGACCGGCUCAAAGUGAAGCUUUUGAUGUCUUGCACUUCAUAAAGCUCGGCGGUUCCGCUGGCACAAUCUUGUCGCAAUCCUGGCUCGUCAGCAUUCUCAACGUGUCCCAUCGAGUGACAUCAGCACAGGCAGCCGCACUUGCCACGCAUGCAUGCCACCUUUUACGUUGCGACACUGUACAAUAUCAUGAAACACCAAUGGGGAACUAUCUUACAGAGGAGAGCAACGUCCAUGAUCGGCGUCGCGAUGCGAAUCGGGAAGGCUUCGUACCAGUGAUUGGAGAGAGACUUGUGAAGAUGUUGAGGAAGUCAAGGGAUAGGCGAAGGAAGGCAAAUGUGCUCCAUUCUCAGAAUUUGCAAAGGAGGAAUAGAAGAUGCCAGAGCCAAAG